AGAUACAGAUCCUUUAUAAAGGCAGCCCAACGACAACGAGUCUCUGACAGGACACAAGAACACCAACAUGAACACAUUUAUCAUUUUGACUAUUUUGAUUACUCUGCCUGCAUUCUCGCUGCAACAAAAUGGUGUUUAUCCUUUUUGUAACUCAUUCUGUAGCCUGAUCAGAAGAUGCUCAACUCUCCAGUCUUACUGUAGAAAUUCCUAUGUGGUCUCACUAUCGCGAUCAUGCGGUUGUCCAGUAAGUACUGGGAAUGGCGAUCUCAACAGAACAACUCCACUACUACUACUACUACAACAACGACAACGACAACGACGACAACAACCCGGGCGCCUUUUGUCAACAACCAAUGCGGCUUAAGUGGAAUUGCAAAUCCUCAAGUGUUCGUGGAUUCUUUGCCCCGCAUUGUGGGUGGCUAUGACGCUGUAGAGACAUAUUUCCCUUAUCAAGUACUAGUCAGACCUGGAAGGGCCCGUUGUGGUGGCACCAUCGUUGGAAGAGACACCGUCAUCACGGCUGCACAUUGUGUGAGCACUCUUCAAAACUCUCCUCGCUCGGUGCAAGUAGGCCAUGGAUCUAUUGACUCCAACUCCUUACAAUAUAUUAUAGCUUCCAGGAUAAUAGUGCACCCUGACUACAAUAGAUUCUCAGACCCAGAUAUUGCCGUCAUCAAGUUAUCAGAGCCAAUCACCUACACAAGCAAUAGUCGUCCUGCCUGUCUUCCUCGGGACAAUCAGGCAAUCGGCAUAGACAGGCUAGCUAUUGUCACCGGGUGGGGUGUUCUCCAAGAGGCCGGAAGCAGAAUACCCAACAUAAUGCAGUAUAUUGGUGUCCCUACCGUCGAUAAAGCCCAAUGUAACAUAGACUACUCAGGGGGAAUCCGAGACGGCGAGUUCUGUGCUGGCUACGCAGAAGGUGAAAAGGAUGCAUGUCAGGGUGAUUCCGGCGGUGCCCUUGUCAUGCCAAGUUCUUCCGGCAGAAGGUGGGAACUUAUCGGCGUGGUAUCCAGGGGAUCCGGGUGUGCCAGAGCAAACAAGCCGGGCAUAUAUGCCAAUGUGCCAAAAUUUGUGUCAUGGAUACGGCAAUACCUGUAGCACAACAUACACAAUCUGAAGCUGAAAUCAACACACGUGGAGUGGUUUCAUGCCAUUGAACAUUUUGUUGUGGACUCAACAUCAUCACGAUCCCUUUACCAUGUAAUAUACUACACAGAGUAGUCUGUUGAUGUCCUUUAUGGAACUAAUGGCAAAUCAACUAAAGGAUGUGAAAGUGAAAUCCCGGUGUAUAUAACAUAUUCAAAGUACAAUGGACAUUUUGUGAUGAUAUUUACAAAGGUUAAUCCUGAUCCAGUUACCAAAGGGG